UAGCCACCAUUUGAUCACGUGAGCUCUUGGGAGCGUUACAUGAGUGUUGAAGCUCUGCCGUGUGUGUGUAUGUGUGUGUAUUAGCUCAUGUAGCUGUCAUGAUGGGAGUCCAUCUGAACUCACACAGACAUGUCUGUCAGUGCUGCCCAAUCUGACGCUCUUGAACACUUCUGAUCAAACAAAAGCUGUCAAAAUAACUUGCCUUAAAUCUGUCUUGUUCAACUACGAAUAUAGCUGUAGGAAGAGUUUCUAUAUGUUUAUGUUAUCACACAGGAGUUGUUUGGAGCGCAGGCUAACAGGGUGAUUUGGCUAGCUGAUUAUUGUUGCCUCUCAAACUGCAUGCUGUAACUCAGUACGAUGUGCUAUGACUUGCAUUGUUAUAAGCUGCUGUGCUGGCCAUCGAUCAGGUCUUGAGUUUAUCUGGUCUCUAAUCUUCAAAGCUUCAGUAUUUGUGGUGAGGUGCACAACUUCCCGUGAACUGAAGCCUACAUGGAGUUAUUUUGAGCUAUCUACAGUUGCAUCUAGCAGAAAUAAAUUCAGCGAAUUAGUACCCUCAGAAAGCUGUGACAAAGAAGAGGCUCUUGUAGGAGAGAAGUUUCCUCUGAUGGCAUCCAGACUAUUGGAGAAGAUAAACACGAUGUGCUGCUAGCGACACACGGAGCAAGAUGGACAGACAAUAACAAAUUGUCACAGUAGGGGUGCAAGUGUUCGUUAUGACAAGUGGCUGUGUGGAAGAUGUCCACCAUUUCUACGACUGAUAUCACUGAUGUUGGUCAUGGGGACUCUCUGUGCUGUGUCAGUGAAGAGGGUUCUUCAGCAGGUAUGGCAGAAGUGAAACAGGAGACUCAGUCCUCUGUCAGUCAAACAGCCCCAUACAGCACUUCACACAAUGAGCUGAACGACACGUUGCUCAUGGAGCCCAACAACAUCAAGAUGUGCCCCUCUGAGGACACGCCUGCAUCAGAGGGUCAGCCUGUGAAGAGGAAGAAGGGCCCUGCUCCCAAGAUGCUGGGGAAUGAGGUGUGCAGUGUAUGUGGAGACAAGGCAUCUGGCUUUCAUUACAAUGUGCUGAGCUGUGAGGGCUGUAAAGGUUUCUUCAGACGCAGUGUGAUCAAAGGAGCUCAGUACUCCUGCAAGAACUCUGGCCGCUGUGAGAUGGAUAUGUACAUGCGCCGCAAGUGUCAGCAGUGUCGGCUGCGGAAAUGCAGGGAAGCAGGCAUGCUAGAGCAGUGUGUGCUGUCAGAAGUGCAGAUCCGACUGAAGAAGAUGAAAAAGCAGGAAGAAGAGACUGCACGCACCUCAGCAGUGGCAACUCCAAGCCCCACCCCGGAGAUGCCCCCUCUAGCUCCUGAACAACAGGAGAUGAUAGAAAAACUGGUGGCCAUGCAGAAACAGUGCAACAAACGCUCAUUUCUCGACCGACCCAAAGUCACUCCAUGGCCACAGAGUCAGGAUCCACUUAACCGAGAGGUUCGACAGCAACGGUUUGCUCAUUUCACUGAGCUGGCCAUUAUGUCUGUGCAAGAGAUUGUAGACUUUGCUAAACAGCUGCCUGGCUUCCUGGAGCUCACUCGAGAGGACCAAAUCGCCCUGCUGAAGACCUCAACUAUAGAGAUUAUGCUGCUAGAGACUUCCAGACGUUACAAUCCAGCAAUAGACAGCAUAACCUUCCUCAAAGACUUCAGUUACAAUAAGGAGGAUUUUGCCAAAGCAGGGCUGCAGUUUGAGUUCAUUAACCCUAUCUUUGAGUUCUCUAAGGGCAUGAAUGACCUUCACCUAGAUGAGGCAGAGUACGCUUUGCUCAUCGCUAUCAACAUUUUCUCAGCAGACCGACCCAAUGUGCAGGAUCACGAUUUGGUAGAAAGAUUACAGCAGCCAUAUGUGGACGCCCUCCACUCUUACAUCAGAAUAAAACGACCCAAUGAUCAUCUGAUGUUUCCCCGAAUGCUGAUGAAGCUGGUCAGCCUACGCACACUGAGCAGUGUCCACUCAGAGCAGGUCUUUGCACUGCGCCUCCAAGACAAGAAACUCCCGCCACUGCUCUCUGAAAUUUGGGAUGUCCAUGAGUGAACUGACACUCUGCCCCAGGACAGAAUGAGCCAGUUUCUAGGAAGCAUGGCCGUGUGGGGGGAGGCCUCUUAAGACAGAGCAAGUGGGGUGGGAGUUGACCUCAUGAAGACCCUGUGGGCCGAACUGUCUCCCACUCUGGCAUGGAGCCAGUCAUAAGGAGCCUGAUUUUAUCAUUCUCUUCCUUGAUUUCUCUAUUUUGAACCCAGUGGUCAGUGGGCUGCUUCCUUUUGAAUGUUCUAGUAAUAGACCGUAUGGCCAGAAAUGGCUCAGGGACGGCUUAGAACCAGUAAUGUUUAUUUGACCAUCAUUUGAACAUGGGGAUCUGGAUGGGUGUGGAUUCAGACACUUGCUUGCUAUUGUGAGUUACCACAAAUGAUGUGGUCAUGAUUUUUAUGUUUAUCCUUAAUGUUUCCAGCACCAAAAGCUUUCAGCAGGUUUUUGCAAUGGUUUCUACUCUCUAAUUAACAAAAGUGGUGAUCUUGAAGGCUCUCCAUUACAGAACUGUUUAGUUUAUUUGCAGCGUUUUGCAAUGCCACUCUGGCUGAUUGGUUGGAAAUGGCUAACUGCUAUCUGAUUCUUAAAUUAUGAAUAUAUGCAUAAAUCAUGAACAUGGUUGAAUCACACAGUCUUCUAUACAUAACUGAUGUAAAAAUGCAGUCUCCUAUUAACACCUCAAACUUUUAUUGUUGGGUAAAGAAAGGACUAGUACUUUACCAGUGCCAGUCAUAGUGAUUUAAAGCCCAUGCAACACUGACUCUGCAUUUCCCAACAAACAUGCAGAAUUCUGUUUCUGCUGGUUGUUUUAGAAUAUCCAGAAAAAUAACUGACAAGCCAAAUGGGAUGAGCAUUUUUACAGAUGCAAUCCCAAGCUGAUUCUGCACACCAACCCAAUGUUCUAGAUGUGCUAGUCCGUUGGCAGGGAUCAGUAAGAGGCACUGAAAUCAUUAACCCAGAUCAGUGUGCUGCUCAAUUCACAGUGACUACUAAGAGACUGGUAUAUAAACUUGAAGUGUGAGACAUUUUGAACUUAAUGCAGGCCAUAAUUUAAUGUCUUCGAUGACAUUAUAAUGUCCAGUUACUGCACCCCAGCAUAAAUGUUUUUGUUGCAGGUUAAUUCUGCACACAUUACAGAAUUCAACUGGGUGGAUGAUUAAUAUUGCUCUUAAAACUAUCUCAGAUUGAUACACACCAAUCAGCCACAACAUUAAAACCACCUGCCUAAUAUUGUGUAAAUCCCCCUUGUUUUGCCAAAACA